CGGCUGCAAACGGGCCGCGUGCGGGGCAGCUUCCUGCUGCCCCCAGGAGAUGGUCCUUUUCCUGGUUUGAUUGAUAUGUUCGGAGACGGAGGAUUAAAUGAAUCUCGAGCGAGUCUCCUGGCUUGUCGAGGUUUUGCUGCUCUGGCUUUGCCAUUUUUUGGCUAUGAAGAUCUACCUCCAAUUAUGAAGGACUUAAAUUUAGAUUACUUUGAAGAGGCAGCUAAAUUUGUGCAAAGUCAUCCAAAGGUAAAAGGUCCUAACAUUGGAGUGAUUGGUUCUGGGAAAGGGGCAGAGUUGGCCCUUUCCAUGGCUAGCUUUCUCCCAAAUAUAGCUGCAGUUGUGAGCAUCAAUGGCUGCAUCUCUAACACAGCUACUUCCCUUACAUGUGGUGGACUGAUCCUGCCGGGACUGCCUUUUAACCUGGACAAAAUCUCUGCUACCAAUUCAAGGGCAUAUGAUAUUAAAGAAGCGCUGGAGGACCCCUUGGAUCCAGCCUAUCGGGAAAGCCGUAUCCCCCUUGAAAAAGCCAGUGCCCAUUUCCUUUUUAUCGUUGGAGAGGAUGACAGGCAUUGGAAGAGCUCUGUGUAUGCUGACAUAGCUGUGAAUCACCUCACAGAGCAUGGGAAGACAAAUUUCACUCUUUUAAGCUACCCUAAUGCUGGCCACAGAAUAGAUCCCCCUUACAGCCCCUUUUUCUCUGCAGCCCUGGACCCGGUAUUGGGGGUUCCUGUUUUAGGAGGUGGGCAGCUCAAAGCUCAUGCUGUUGCUCAGAUUGAGUCUUGGAAGAAGAUCUUGGAGUUUUUGCACUUGCAUCUGGGGUAAAGUCUUACAAACUAGACAGUUAAAUUUAGAAUAUGCUCAGAACAAAUUAGGGGACAGAUUGGAUAUUUUUGACAAAUGAUGACUGAGAUCUGGACUUCUCAUGGCCUCGGCAAGCUUUUAAAAGAAGUAAAAAUACUCACUUCAAGUUCAUCAGAGCCUGUAGCUUCGGUACUAUCCAUGUUUCUUCACGUUUGUUUGAGCUUGAACUCAAGGUAAUUGCUAAAAACCGGUUUUUAAUCUGCCAUUUACCCACCCUUCCAAGGAUUAAAAAAAAAAAAAUGGUAUAAUU